AGGAAACAGAUCACCGAGAUUGGCGAGAAACAACGUCCGCAUUUGCUAGGUCUAUGUGUAGGUGGCCAUUUCAUAAUCCAUUUGAGUGUGUCGAAUUUAUCCCCGUGGAAUAUAGUGAAAGAUUUAAAGAACUUAUUCCCGAACAAGACGAUAAUAAGACAGGAACAUGAAUAUGAGACUUUGAGGAUUAUUGUGUCUGUCAUGAAUCCAUAUGGAAAAACGAAAAGUUGGUUCUGUAGAACUGACCGCUGUGAUAGUACAUCAGUCGGUGGGCGAACUGUGCCAAGUCUUUUAAGGCUUGAUAGUACGGGUAACACACUUAAUAAGAGAGAGAAUCAUACCGCUGUAAAUAACAGCAUGGCUUCUUGUUUUGCAAAAACUGUUGGUGGCAUUAUACAAAAAAACAAUUUGCUUUCAAAGGAUAAUUUUGUUGGUAAUAUGUCGGACUUUCCAAUAUUACAGAAUUCUUGUGAUUGUGCUUGUGAUAAAAAAAUGGCAGCUAAAAACAGUGACUCUAUAAACAUGCCUGUAACUUCCUGUUUUGGAAGUUUUCAGGGUUUAGCUGGGUGCCUUGGCUUGAAUGCAUGUAGUUCUAUUUCUCAACACCCAACAUUGCAUCAUGGUCAUUUUCAACUACCUUAUCUCCAAUUUCACCCUGCUGUUGUCAGUGCCUUUCCACGCCAGACUGAAUCUGCGAAAAAGCAGUUUGUGAAAUGUCAAAGCCAAAGGACAGGGAAAAAGAGCAAUCGUUAUUUCCGAUACGGAUGGAAAGCUCCACCUAGGAAGUCUUCCCCUGAGGGUGAAAAGGCAGGUGCGGAGACUACAAAGUCUGAGGAUGCUUCAGUACGCAAAAAGCAAAAAUGUGAUAAGUCGGAGAGGACUAGACAAGAUGUAGAAAAAAAUUCAGAAAAGAAGAAGGAGGAAAAAGCUAAUUAUAGUAACAGUGGAGAUUGUUUAUCUAGUCAUAUGUGUAAUUUAAGUCUUGGUGAAAGUGUCGCAAUCGAAAAUGCUUUAAAUGAUUGUACAGCUCUCAAGUUUGUUUGUACUGAUUUAGACAAAUCAAAGCCAGACUGGUUCAGCAUUGGAAGGCAAGAAUCAGAAAUUAAAUUGUCGCCAUCAAACACAGUGACAGUAUUAGAUAACUGGGAUGAUGAAAUAUAUGAAGAAACCCAGUCAGAAAAUACCAAACUUCAAGAAGAAAUUUCAGCUCUAUUAGCAACUGAUGAUGUGAAAAUCGGUUCAAAACCCAGUGCUAACAAUACACAGAAUAUUGGAGAUGAGCCAGUGCAAAGUAUGGACAUGGAAUGUGAAAAUACUUCUACCACCAUUGUUAAAUCAAACUGUAAUGACAGCCAGAAAAUUGUCACAGAUGUUGAUGGAGUUGAUACUCAUCAGUGCCAAAAUAAUGAGCCACAUGCUGUGUUAUUUCAGCGCAGUAUGCAUAAGAAAUGCCGCCCUUCCAACAAAAAACGCAGUCGAAGGAAAAGCAGCAAACAUCCAAAGUCUUUCAGAUGUGAUCAGGGUCAAAAAAGAAAAUUGGAGGAUGGAAAUGCUUCUAAUUGUGGUGCUAGUGCCAUAGCUUUCAUUAUGGGAAAUUGUGAUCCACAUUCCAUUUUAGACAGUGAUAGUGAGUUUUCAUUUGACAGUGAUGAAGAUUCCUGUGAGUCUAUGGAGGAUGAUAUUGACUUUCAAUUUGCUGACCCUCUUAGUUUCUGUGAGAAAGCGAUUUUCCCUACCAAGUCCAGUCCAGGCCAAGAGGUCAGUCAAGCUGUCAGUGCAGCAAAUCGAGCCUGGCAUAUUGGGUCUCAAGAGUCUAGCCCCAAAGAUGCUCAGCUGGAAAAUAAGAAGGUACAUUUUGCAAGAGCAGAGAAUCUUACAGUAACUCAUGAAGCAGAUGAAUGGAACCGCAAAGGACAUUGGGAGGAAUAUGCAAGAGAUAGAGAACGAUUUAAACGAAGAAUAGAAGAACUUCAGAGAGUAUUAGAUCCUGUUCUGAAACAGAAACAUCGUGAACAUGUGUAUAAGAAACUUCAUACUGCUUGAAUGAGUUGUAUGAUCACAAAUUGAGAAUGAUACAAAAUGCUUGGUUGUGCAUCAUAUUCAAAGCAAUGCAAUUUUUGUUGGCUUUUUCUUUUCAAAAUUUAAGUUCAACAAUUUUAAGAAUUCAUAGGAACAGGGGAUUAUAAUCUGCAAUUUUUUAACAUUCAGCAAUUUAGAUGAUUGGAGAAAUUUGUGAUUUAGAUUGCAUAUGAGAAAAGGUAUUUGAUUUUAAUCAAGCUUCUUGGAAUUCUUUGAUGCUGUCCUUAACUUACAUUUUAUGCACAUUAUAUUACUGUGUUUAGUUUUACUGUGAAUAUUAGCAUUAAAAUAUUUAUUGUUGA